CCCACCGCGAGACGACUCAUUGCCAUAACGGCUGCUUUAACGGCAACUUUUGCUCGCUUCUCGCCGUGGAGUAAUAAUAAACACGUCAAGUGACAACGUGCGCGAGUGAGAAGAAAACGUUUCGACUCGUCCGGCCAAAAGAAGGCGAGAGAAUCGGGAGUCUGCGAGGGAAGGAGCGUCGUCCGGUAGAUCCGCGGCCAGGCGGGCCUGCGAAUUCUUCCUCACGUGAUUCAAGGCCGUCUAAAGGCGUCCGCAGGCAUCACGAGUGCGUGUGUACGUGCGUACGACGCGAGACGACGCCGAAAAAGCUGUCAGCGUCGCCGAGACUUUCCAUCCCGGAAUAUCGAAGAGAUCGGGGGGACUCGUUGGGCUGUCCCGUCGAGCGACGACGACAUCCGCCAAAACCCGAUACACCGAAGAUCUGAGUCUGGCGACGAGGGGAGAACCGUGCCAAGUUCUGGUGGUAUCGCGCACUUUUUUACGCUUUGUUUUAAAUCUGUGACGUUAUCCUGGAUCUGAAGUAAUGAUGGAUCUAAAAAUGUUAACUGUAGAAGACAUAUUAAAAAAUAUGGAGAUGUCGCAUCUCGAAUCUCAUUUCUCAAACAAUGGUGUGGACUUGAAUACAUUUUUGAACUUAACUCCAAGUCAAAUUCCUGUGCUAUUUCCCACUCCAUCUUUUACUAUAGGAGAUCAAUUGAAGUUUAUGAACAAGUACACUUCUUUUAUGGUUUCAAAUAAACUUAACAUUAACUCAGCAUUUUUGGAAUCGUUUUCCUGCACACCAUCAUUAACGUCUUCAUCCUCGUCAUUGCCAACUGUUAACAGGAUUCCUUUAAAUUCAUCUCCUAUCACUGACGAGAUACUUGAUACUAACACAUCAGAUCAAUAUUUGGAUACAUCGGAUAUAUCUCUGUUAUCGGCAGACAUAUUAAAAGAAUCACAAGAACUUUCACGACCAUCAUCAUCUCAGUCAGUGAUAUAUAUAUUAGAAGAAUCACAAAAACCUUCAGAACCAUCAACAUCUCAGUCAUCAGCACAUAGAAAAGAAUUACAAGAACCUUUGCGAUCAUCAAAUUUAGUAAAACCAUUACUUGAUAAUUCCCAACUGGGAAGUAAACGGCGAAAUAAUAUAAGGGCUUUAGUUGAAGUAGAAGAAAUAGAUCUGGAUAAGUUAUUGAAAUCAGAUACCAAGGCUAAUGGUGUACUUAUUGGAUACUCAAAAUCAGGCACACUGAAUGAAAAUGAUCGUAAAAUUAUAGUAGAAACUGUUAUCAAGUGGCUGCUUCAAAUAACUGAGUUUCCACAGCAUCAGCAUUACGAAAUAAUUGCCAAUAAGAUUUGUGAACAAUUUCCCACAGAAGAGAUAUCAAUUUACUAUAUACCUCCAAAAACAGAAGGAGAAAGUCAAUUGUUAGCUAAAGGUAAAUUGCCUAUAAAAGUAAAGAAUGCUAAAUCCUGGCUGCGUAAGAAGGGAGCAAUUUUAUCCUCGAAAGAAAAAAGAAACAUACAAAAUACAGAUGAUUUGGUUCCUAUUGAUGAUAUUUUAUUGGAUGAAACAAUAGCCGCGCAAGAAUGGCUUAAACGAAACAGAGAGCCAUUUGAAGAUGUUGUAGUAAAUUGGAAAAUAUGCCAAAAAGCUCGUCUACAAAAUCUUAUAAGUAAUAAAAAAAUUUUAACUCAAGAGUACAUUGAUCAAUGGAAUAACAUAUUACAACAACCACAAGCUUAUAAACUGGUAUGUUUUUGUGAAUCUUAUAUAUGA